AUGGCGCCGCAGCAGAACACUUUUGCCGUCAUCCCAGCCGCCCCUGGCCGUGUUGGCGGCGCCCCCAGCAAACCACCGAUGACCUCGAAGCAGGCCCAGAAGCUCUAUAAGCAAGCGAAUAAGGAGCCACGACGAUCCAAAGCUGAACAGCGGCGAUGGGAAAAAGAAAGACAGGAGGAUAUCCGCAAAGAGCUGGAAAAGGAGCGCGCUGCAGCUAAAGCCAGGGCGGCACGAGAGCGAAAGAAGGCCAAGGAAGAGGAAGCACGCAAGAGCCGACGGAGGGCUGGACAGCCAUUGUUCGACUGCCGACCGAGCCAAGAUACAAUCGCUCGAUUUGUUCGAGGAAAUGGCACAAGCCGGAAGAGAGACUCGUCAGGGGAACCGGUACCGAAGGACGAAGACACCCCGGCAAGUUCACUUGAGAAUAAGCCUAAACUCUCGCUGGCACCGUCGGCUGCGAGAGCCGCUUCAUCUGUGUCGUGUCCUCCCCCUACGCCUCCCGAACGACCCAAACCUCUUGCUAUCUCCAUGGCACCACCGCCUGGCGCGUCGCAGAAGUCUAGGACGGUCAACAAGCCACCGCAAUCCUUGCCCAACCCGCCGAACCAACCUCCAUCCUGGGACAUUCCUCCACCGCCCAUGCAACAUUCCAAAGACGGUCCUGCUGUGCUACCCUCUAGCUUACUCAAAGUUGUCGACUCUUCGAAUCAUGUACCGGACAAAACCUUGGCAGUUCCGGUGUCCAUGGACCCUCCCCUCCGGCCGCCGUUGAAGUCAAAGUCCAAACCGUUCAUGAUGCCCCGGGUAAGCCUACCAGUUCAGCAACCAUCUGGACGCGAGGUUUUCAAACCCAAUCCUACUUCCAAGUCUACUCCUAUUUCGCCGCUAUCGGGGCCGCUGCUGCAACAUAAGUUGUCUUUACCCGACCCAGCAUCGCAAGGAGAACCGCCGCAAAUGCCUACACCCCAGGUACCAUCACAGAAACCACCGCCACAGUCUACAGUUCCAACGCCUUUACUCAAGUCUCUUUCAAAGGAUUCAACCUCACAGAAGCUGUCGGUGCAAACACCUCCGCUGUCAAGGCCGCAGCCUCAAGCGCCCCCGCCAAGUACACAAGCCAUUGUACAAGAUUGCUUUGACGACUUCUUUCCAACAGCUUCACAGCUUGCUAUGGAGCUUGAGCAAGAUAGUGAUUCAGAUACUCAGCCUGGGGAGGUUUUAGACCAGCAGUCAAAUGAUCCGCUGGCAGCCAAAGUGGGUCAUGGUGAGCUUGUGGACUUGAUGAUGUCGUCCCAAGAGGUGUUGGACAUAGAAUCCACGACGAAGAACACGACGCAGUCGUUCUCUAGUCAAUCGCCUUUCCUCGAGAUGGACCUGGCGGCUAUUGACUGGGAUGAUGACUUGGAUGACUUUUGA